GGGGACGGUGGGCAGGGCGCCCAGGCCAUGGCUCUGCGGGCGGCCUGCGCUGGUGGGGCCGGACUGAGGCGACGGCGUGUCCCGCCCCGCGGACUUGGGGCUGAAAGUUUUAGUUUCGUUUCCCGGAGACCCUUUCUUGUUCCCAGAAGGGCCUUUUCUCCCUCCUCUUUUUGUUGACUGUGGCCUUCAGCCAGAGCUGGAAGAUCAGACUCCUGGAAUAGAGGUAUGGAACUUGAAGGUUACUUCAUCAGAUAUGUUGAUGUUAUGGCGAAUUCAUCCGAUGAAGACUUUCUACAUCUGAGAUCCCUGACCCUGGUGAUUGCUGACGGCUCUGAAAUCCAAGAGGAGACCCAGAGCUUGGUUGCCAGAAAUGGUAAAGUACCAGCUGGUAUCUUUGGAACUGUCUGUAGCACUUGGGUUGGAACAUAUGAAAUGAAAAUUGGUGCAAUUACUUUCCAGGUUGCUACUGGAGAUAUUACCAAAGAAAGAGCUGAUGUUAUUGUAAAUUCAACAACAAGAACAUUUAAUCUGAAAUCAGGGGUGUCCAAAGCAAUUUUAGAAGGCGCUGGGCCAGCGGUGGAAAAUGAAUGUGCUGUACGAGCUGCACAGGGUCACCAAGAUUUUAUAGUUACCCGAGGGGGACACUUAAUGUGCAGGAGGAUAAUUCACGUUAUUGGGGACAACAAUGUGAGGAAAACGGUGUACGAUGUUCUACAAGAGUGUAAAAAGAGGCAGUACGCUUCUGUUUGCCUUCCAGCCAUUGGAACAGGAAAUGCCGGAAAAAACCCAGCCACGGUUGCUGAUGACACAAUUAAUGGUGUUGGAGAUUUCGUAGGGAAACAUUCCACUGGAUCAUUAAAAAUCGUUAAAGUUGUUAUCCUUCUACCUCAUCUGCUAAAUGUAUUCUAUAACAGCAUGAAAAAAAGAGAAAGCCUCAUGUCACCUACCUUUCAGUUCACAUUCUCCGGGACUGCAAGUGAUGUUCCUGAACACUGGAGUGACAUGAAUCAGCAGCAGCCCUGCUUGGUCCAGCUACAACCUAGACUAUCAGAAUAUAAAACUGUAAUGGGCAAGUUCAAUCAGACUUGUCAUUCCUACACAAUUGAGAAGAUUGAGCGGGUCCAGAAUACAUUGCUCUGGAAGAGCUACCAGUUAAAGAAAAGCCACAUGGACGCCAAGAAUGGCCAUAUAAUUAACGAGAAACUCCUCUUCCACGGGACAGAUGCAGGCUCAGUGCCACAUAUCAAUCAGCACGGCUUUAAUCGCAGUUACGCUGGGAAGAAUGCUGCAGCCUAUGGAAAAGGAACCUAUUUUGCUGUUGAUGCCUGUUAUUCUGCCAAUGAUGCAUUCUCCAAACCAGACGAGAAUGGCAGAAAGCAUAUGUAUGUUGUGCGAGUUCUUACUGGCCUGUACGCACGUGGACAUGCAGGAUUACUUGCCCCUCCAGCAAAGAACCCGGAGAAUCCUACAGAACUGUAUGAUUCUGUCACAGAUGAUAAACAUCACCCACAGAUAUUUGUGGUGUUCUCUGAUGACCACGCUUACCCUGAAUAUCUUAUAACUUUCAGAUGUUAAAUAUGAUUUAGUCAUAUAGUUAUAAGAACAACUUACAGAUUCCUUGUCUUUGCUUCUGAUUUGUUUAUGCAGAUAAAAUUAUCCCUUUUAAGUGCUGAAAUACUGAAAACAGCCUUUUUAAAAUGCUGUACUGCUGCAAGUUGUAGCAUACCUGUCUUCUGAGAAAAUUUAUGGGUAGAAGCUGAGAAAUGUCAGUGGCACAGUUAUAGCUGCAACUGUCCACAGACCCAAGACUAACUGGAGAGGAAAGAGCACAUUCCUUUUUCCUACGGGAAAAGUAAUAUGAUGAAUCAUGUUAAAGCCAAGAUGUGGCUGUUCUUAUUGGAAUAUGCUAAGACAUCAAACUGUGGCUUGCUAAACCAUACUGUUAAGUAGAUAGGCUGCUGUUGUGCAUCUGGAACAGCUGGGGACUGUGCCGCUUUAAGAAACACUUAUCAAUAGCUCAGGUAGAAUAACCAAAUCAAAAAAUACUACUUCAAAUCUUUUGUGGAACAAAUCAGGUAAGAGUGUACUGCAUUGUUAUCUAACGUUUCCAAACAAAUUACUACUAAAUUAGGAAGUCAAUCCUCCACCAUCUUUGUGGGUCAGGAGUUCAGGUGAAGAUUAACUGGAUUGUUCUUACUUGGGGUCUCUCAUGAAGUUACCAUCAAGAUAUCACCUAGGCUGCCGUCAUCUGAAGGCUUGACUGGGACUGGAGGAUCUCUUUCCAAGAUGAAUCACUCACACAGCUGGCAAGUUUUUGCUGGUUGGAGAUAGGAGUCCUAGGUUCUUCUCAACAUGAGCCUCUCCACAGGCUGUGAGAGUAUCCUCGUGACAUGGUGGCUGACUUACUCUAGAGCAAGCAGUUCAAGAGAAAGGCAGGGUGGAAACCACAGUGUCUUUUAUGUCUUUGGUGAAGUCAUACCCCAUCAUUUCCAAAAUAUCCUAUUGGUUAUACGAAUCAGCCCACUCAGUGUUGGAGGAGCUAGACAAGGCUGUGGAUACCAGCAGGCAAGGAUCAUUUGGGGCCAUCUUGGAGGCUGCUUACCACACACAUGAAUGUGUGAAUGAAUGAUUAAUAGAAUACUAACAGUGAAAAUUAUACUAGUGUCAUCAUCUCUUCUUCCCUCUCCUUCCAGAUGCCUGUCCUCAGUGCAAGAAUCCCACUGUUAACACUUCCAGCACUCAACAUCAUGAGCAAAAUGAUUCCAUUAUGCAACCACUCUAAUUAUUGGAAAUCUCUUCUUUACACUUGAGUUGAUAUCUGUCACUCUCUGUCUGUUACCUGUUGAUCACUGCCCUGACUUAUGGAGGACACAGAACAAGUCCCAUUUGUCUUACAGAUGAAGACCCUGCAGAUCCAUCUGUUCCUCUACUAUUUAAGAGUUAUAUACAUUCUUAAUAUACACAGCAGCAUAUUUAUCCUGAAGUCUCACUUUUGAAGGGCUUUUAAACAUUUAAAAAUGUUUACAUUGUUAUAUAUAUAUGAAGAAUACAGGAAAGUAUGAAGAAAAUAACUUUCUCACCAAAUUGCAACACCCAUAAUGCCAAUACUAAGUAAACCACUGCCAACUUUCUCGUGUACUCUCUUCCAGUUCCUUCUCCGUCCAUAUUCAACAACUGAAGAUCACCCCUUUAUUAAGUCAUUCAUUAUAUGAUAUUUUGUCUGCCAUUUUCAUAUAACAUUACAGUAUAAAUAUUUCCCUCAUGUUAUUAAUUAAUCAAUAAACAGAAUUGUAAUGGCUGAUUUAUUCUAAUAUACAUAUGUAUAUGGAGUUUUUAAAAAAUGUGAUCAUCUUGUUGUUUAAUCUGAUUUUUUGUUUUUCAGUAUAUCUGUAACAUUUUCCCCAUGUCAUGAAAUAGAUAUCGUUUUUAA